AUGAAGAGAAUGAUAGGCAGUGUAAACACUCUGCACCAACAGAGCACAUUAACGCAGAUAAAGUUUGACGUAACAGACUUGUUACGUGUUCAGAUCCCUCACGAGGACCCGCUGGUAGUAAGUUUGACAGUGGCCAAAUGCUUGGUGCGCAGAGUUCUAAUUGACCCUGGAAGUAGUGCGAACAUCAUGCCAAGAGAUACAUUCGAUCGGCUUGAGAUCAAACAGGAUCGGCUGAAAUCCACCUGGAAUCCACUACUAGGGUUUGAUGGAAAGCGAGUGGAGCCCGUCGGCACGAUGGAGGUAGCGGUACAUGCUCCCGAAAGGGUUUUGAUGGAAACCUUUGUGGUUGUUGAAAUUCAUCCCUCUUACAAUCUUCUGAUGUGCAGAGGGUGGAUCCACAGAGUUCAAGGUGUUCCUUCCACUCUACAUCAGAUUGAUCAGUUCCGACCGGAACGGACAACCAGAGUGGGGGAACGACUCGUUGAGGAGGAAAAGCAGGAAUUAGUUGAUUUUUUGUCUCAAAAUGCAGACGUGUUCGCAUGGAGUCACCUAGACAUGCCAAGGAUCGAUCCUUCUGUAUCUUGUCACUCCUUGAACGUUAACCCCAAUGCAAAACCUGUAAAGCAGAAGCAGCGACGGUUUGCCCCCGAGCGCAACCGAAUUAUUGCCGAGGAGGUUGACAAGCUGCUUGAUGCGGGGUUUGUAAGAGAAGUGUACUACCCUGACUGGUUAUAA